AUGACUAGGAACGGGGUGAAGCAGUCCGCAGAAAGCGAUGGGCAAAAGCCAGGGGAUGGAGGAGGUUCAGAGACAGCUCCUCCAGACCCAGCAACGGAACGUGAUGCGCAACUUAAAGAGAUGAGCACAAAGAAUAAUCAAACACCGCCAAAGAGUGCAGAUGGAUCGCCUGCAACUGCCAGCCCAAAAAAGCGUCGCAAAGUCAAUCAUGGUCAUCUCUGCCAUGACGAACCUAGAGAAAACGUCAAGCGGUUAAAGACCGAGCAGGAGACUUCUGCGCCAGAAGAAGAGGGUCCGUCGAGGAAUGACUUUGCGGGAAUUCAAAAUAUGCCACGAAAAAUCGAUACGCGCGAAAUAAACCAAGUGCUUCGUGAUUCUAACAUUCCAAAUUUGUCGACUUCGAUCGAUCAUUCUCAAGCUUCCCAAGUCCAGGGCAUCUCCGCCGCACCAAUUCAGCCGGUUAAUGUCAACCCGCAACAUCUUUUGAGUUUCAACGAUUGGCGGUUAGGGGCACAUAAUCAAUUCCAAGACAUGCACACAUUCCAUCCAUCAUAUAUGUUCAACCAUCCGGAAGUUACAAACGAAUAUAAUCUGCUUAACGACUUCCUGAGCACAAGUUUGCUAGACGACGCCUCCAUGUAUCCUGGGGAAGAAAUUUCUGGUCCCUAUUCGGAUGCAUCAUUACUCAAUUCCAUGGCUGCCAAUAUGCCACCACAGAAUAACCAAUCUAUUUUUCAACAGCAGCAACAGCAGCAACAGCAGCAACAGCAGCAGCAGCAGCAACAGCAACAGCAUCACCAACAGCAGCAGCAGCAACAGGCUAUGUUACCACCAUCAUUGCUUGCGGCCCAAUCCCAAAACUCCACCAUUGGCAACUCAAUUCAACGCCCCAGUAGCAGUGUUGGAAAUGAAAAAGCCAAGGAAACAUACUAUAUGACAGCAGCUGACCCUUCGGGCACUGAUCCGCCAGAGGAGAGGAUGAACAAGCUUUUGAAAGCCAAAUACGAUGCCGGCUUGCUAAAGCCUUUCAACUACGUCGGUGGCUACGCCCGCCUGAAUUCAUAUAUGGAGAAACAUCUAGAGCCUGCAUCGCGACAAAAGAUCCUUCGACAACUCGAUAAAUUCCGUCCCAAGUUUCGUGAACGAAUGCAGUCGCUGACUGAUAUGGAGUUGUUGGUUGUUGAGAUGUGGUUUGAGCGUAGCUUGAUGGAGUAUGAUCGUGUCUUUGCCAGUAUGGCUAUACCGGCUUGUUGCUGGAGGAGAACUGGCCAGAUUUUCCGGGGGAAUAAAGAGAUGGCUCAACUUAUUGAUGUCCCUAUUGAGUCUUUGCGGGAUGGUAAACUUGCAAUCCACGAAAUCAUCGUCGAAGACCAGCUAGUCAGCUACUGGGAGAAAUUUGGAGCGAUUGCAUUCGACAGCACCCAGAAAGCCAUGCUUACGAGUUGUACGUUGAAAAGCCCGAAUUGUAACAGUCGGGCAGAAGGAAUUAAGUGCUGCUUUUCAUUUACGAUCCGCCGUGAUACCCACAACAUACCGUCGCUUAUUGUUGGAAAUUUCCUCCCUAUGAAACGAACAGAUCGAUGA